AUGUCGUUGACACCGGAUCAAGUCAAGCUUAUCAAAGCAACUGUGCCUGUGUUAAAAGAGCAUGGCACCACAAUCACUGCCCACUUCUACGACCUACUUCUCAAGGAAAACCCUUCUUUGAAUGGCAUCUUCAACCAAACGAAUCAGAAGAAUGGACAUCAAGCUGGUGCAUUGGCUGGCAGCUUGUACGCAUACGCCUCGCACAUCGAUGACUUGGGUGUACUGUCUCCUGCUGUUGAGAAGAUUUGCCAUAAGCAUGCGAGUAUGUAUGUGCAACCCGAGCAUUACGAUGUUGUGGGAACAUAUCUGUUACGCUCCAUGGGUGAUGUGCUUGGUGAAGCAUUGACGCCUGAUAUUUUGGAGGCUUGGGGACAGGCUUAUUGGCAAUUGGCGAACAUCCAAGAAGACUCGCUAUACAAGUCUGCCGGUCCUUGGACAUCCUGGCGCGACUUCCGCAUUGCCAAAAAGGUUCCCGAGUCCGAGGAGAUUACAUCUUUCUACCUUUCUCCUGUGGAUGGAAAGCCAUUGCCUUCUUAUCUUCCUGGCCAAUACAUCAGCGUCGCCACCUCAGUUCCCUCACUCCACCAUGAUCAAAAUCGCCAAUACUCGCUCUCCACAGCGCCAUCUCCUGAUCAUUACCGCAUCAGUGUAAAGCGCGAAUCAGAAAUCACUCACCCAGCCUACAUCUCCAACAUCCUGCACUCCGACAAGAAAGAAGGAGAUAUCCUUCAAGUUUCGCAUCCUUACGGCGAGUUUUACGCCGAUCCCAAGGAAAACAGCAAAGCCGCUCUGGUCUUGAUUUCUGCGGGUGUGGGAAUCACUCCCAUGGUUUCUAUCCUCGAUACUUUCGUUCAAGAGAAGAAAGAUCGCAGGAUCAGUUUCAUCCAUGCGACGAGAUCGUCUGCUGUUCAAGCUUUUGGAUCUAAUGUCCGUGAUGCUAGUGCCAAAUACUCGCAUAUCACUUCUGUGGUUUUCAACAAGCAUCCCUCGACAGACAAAGAUUAUGACUUUGCUUGCCGCAUGGAUCUGGAUAAGCUGGACAAGGAAGGGGAUCUAUGUCUCAAUGACAAGCAAGCAACAUAUUACAUCUGUGGUCCUGGUGGCUUUAUGAGGGAUAUGGGAAACAAACUUCAGAGCUUCGGAGUCGAGGAACAGAGAAUCAAGUUGGAGAUUUUCGGCACGGGCAAUUUGUCGUAG